AUGGAAUCAAGUUUUGUAGUAUCUAAUUGUUCCAAUUCAAAUGUAAAACAAAUCAGAUUGGAAGAUUAUAUAAAAGAUAUCUACAUCUCUGAAUUUUCUAUAGAAUGGGAAGGAAAUAUAUUGAAUUUGAUACCUCGUAGAGAUAGACGAAUACAUUCCUCUUUUGUAAACUCGGUGUUAGAUGAGGUAAAAAAAAUGUACAUCGAUGAUAUGAAAGACUUCGUACUAAAGUCUAUAUUAUCCUGCAAAAUUUACAAGAGAAGGCGCGCUGUUUGCGAAGAGUGCGACGUUCCCGCUAUCUCGAAGCGAAGCAUCAUCGAAGAAGAUAUGAUGUACAAUCGGACGAUAUUUUUAAAACGCCGAAAUCAGUUGGCCGACAGAUAUUUUCUCUCAUAUCCGAUAAUUAGACACAUUAUAAAUACAGCGCAUCGUAUUCUGCCUACGGUAAUUUGUGAUUUCGAACGUUAUCGCGAAUUUGGAACGCUAACGUUGCAUGAUUUUCGAGGCAUGAUACUUAAGGACAUUAGGAGAGGUACUUUAGUAGUAACUAAUCAUUUUUACACCAAAACAUUUAAAGCUGUGCAAAAAUCGAAGCAACUAAAGAGCAUAUCUGCGAAACGUCUGCUUCGAUUUAUGCGGUGCCUCACUAAUAUAUUUGUUCAGCAAAUUCUCAAUAUGAUGAUAAGAUCAAUUGAUCAUAUAAUAAGUAUCAUGAAAGACGGUCGUUUUUGUCCGCAAAUUGAAUUCCAGCUGGUAUGCGAAGGUGAUCGACUUGUGACUAAACCGGACAUGGAGGAAGUAUUUUCAACGUAUCAUGAUAUUAUCAACGGCAUCGCGGGUAUUGCACAAGAUCUGUUGCCUCUGGAAGAGUGGCUGAAUAUCAAAGCGAAGGAAAAAUAUAUAAAGAUCGUGCCUCCCGACUGGUUCAUCGAGACAUCGCAUCGCAAUCUGCAGGAGAUAUUGGAUGCUCUGUUUCGACCUAUGAACGAGCACGUGGCGUUUAUUUCUGCUGAAUUCGGCGAUGUGUGUACGUCGAAUAUCGAGAACCGGAUAUCGUCUUUAACUUCCGAACAACCGGAUUUCGAUGUGUAUCUCACGCAUAUAUACAAGUACAGGGAGUAUCUAAACAAAACGAGCCUUAUACUCUCCAAUUUGUAUUAUAGCGUAGGAAAGUUGGAGCAAAGUAACGCCAAGGAUACUCUGAGGCAGAUCUGUCACGAUGUUAUAAACGCCCUCACGAUGGAACUCGUCGAGUAUCAUCGAGAUUUUAAUCAUUCGAUCUGUUCCAGCUUUGAGGAUCUAAAGUCUAAGGCACUGGAUAUUCCGAGAGAUGCAAACUCCUUGAUACAAUUGAGCGAAUACAUGUCGCAAGCUUCGAAAGUAUUAAUGAAGGAACAGGAGCAGAAGAUACGACAGUCGAUCUAUAUGCUGAGCAAAUUGUUGGACAUUACCGUAUUGACGGACGAACAUAUUGAGUUGAACAAAACCACUGUCAAUUGGUUGAACGAUAUCCAACCGAUAUUCGCGCAGAACAAUACGUUGUGCGAGGCGAUGAAGAGUGAACUGGAAGAAGAUCUUCAACGGCAGAUAAACGCAUUGAAUACGGAAGUUGAUGCGAUGUUCCCGCAGCUUGUUAUCCUUGAUGACAUGGACGAUAUAAACAGAGUUGGGGAAUACGUGGAGUAUUACAAGAAUCUGAUAAAGAAGUACAAACGUAUAGAUAACGAGAUGCAAGUUAUUAAUUCGGAAGAGAAGCUUUUCAAGUUUCCUGAAACGGAAUUUCCGAAAAUAGCUGAAUUAAGAGAGACGCUCGUGCCGUUUUACACGCUUAUACGUACUGUUUAUCAAUGGCAGAGAAAUAACUCCGUAUGGCUCAACGGUCCAUUUGAAUACCUGGACGCAUCCGUCAUCGAGAAGAAGACCAUGAAUUAUUUGAACGAGAUCACGGAGAUGAGCAAGACGAUGAAGUCGCGCAUUAAGAUGGACGCGACAGCGAAUAGGUCGUUCAAAUUUUCCGGCAUCGCCGACGAUCCCGAUCCGAUGCAACAACCCGCGCCGUUAAAACUGUGCUGGCAGGCGCUCAAUAAGAUUAACGAAUUUAAAGUUUAUCUGCCGCUCGCGAUCUGCAUGUGCAAUCCGGCUCUCUGCGCCCGCCAUUGGAAAGAGAUGUCGGCGAUAUGUAAUUUCGAUCUCACACCAAACGCAGGAACAACUCUGAAAAAAAUGAUCGAUAUGAAUCUGAUGGAUAAUAUCGAUAAGUACGAGGCUAUAAGCUUGGGCGCCUACAAGGAGCUUCGUCUUCAACAAGAAUUGGCCAAGAUGAUUGAAGAAUGGGAGCCAAUAUCCUUCGAGAUGUCGACUGAUGCGGCAUUUGGUGCGGUAACUUUUAAAUAUAUAGAUGACAUCGAAGCGCUUCUCGGAGAACAUCUCAUCAAAAUUGAGGAGAUGAAAGCAUCUCAUUUUGUCAAGCCGAUAUUGUCGGAUUUAAGUGACUUCUUCGCUCUUCUCAUAAAGAUCCAGGAAAUCCUUGAUCAAUGGGCGCAUGUACAAUUCCGCAAACUUCAUCUACAGCCGAUAUUCUCUUAUCCAGGAAUAGAAACACGUCUGAACCAAGAAACUUCAUUGUAUCUUGAAGCAACGAAACUUUUGAUGGAUAUUAAUAAUAAAUUUAUAGCGAAUCCAAGCUUUCGAGAGAUCAAAAAAUCCUCAGAUUUGCUGCAUAUCUUAAAUGAAACCAACGAAAAAUUGGAGAGAGCGAGCAAAGGCGUGAGAGAUUACUUAGAUGUUAAAAGAUUGUCUUUCACGAGAUUGUUCUUUCUCGAUGAUUCAGAGAUUCAAAAAAUAUUGUUCGAAUCAACCGACAUAGUAAAACGAAAUAAAUUUGUGAAUAAAUGUUUCGCUGGCAUAAAACGAUUAAAAUUUAAUAAAUUUAAUUGUAUUCGGGGAAUCAUCGGGCACUACGGAGAGAUUUUACAUCUGAAUGAUAAUAUUUUCGUACCUAUUGACACAGAACGCGAAGAAGAAUGGUUGAUUCAGCUCGAAGAAGAGAUGAGAGACGCAGUUCGUGAAAAUAUUCGCCAGUAUCAUCUUUCAAUCGAUGAAGAUAUGACAUUCGUUUCUAGUGAUAAUUUCCCAAGCAUGGCAGUCAUUUGCGGUUUGCAACUUUAUUGGACCUCCUCGGUGGAGAAGUGUCUCUCACCAAUAAAUACCGCAAUGUUAAACUCUCUGUGCGCAAUAUAUGCCGAUUGGAUAAUUUCACUAAUUAACGAGUUAAGAAAUAAUUUGACGCGACGACGUAGAAAUCUGUUAAUGGCAUUAAUUAUCAUCACGUUGGCUCAUAAAGAAAUUAUAAGACUGCUUUUGGAUAGAAAUAUCACUAAACAAACAGAUUUCGAGUGGAUCUCACAGUUGAAAUAUUAUUGCAACGAUAAGAUUGUCGAGAUAUCGGUAUUCAAUACAAUAAUUGAAUACGGAUAUGAAUAUAAUUAUUGUCAACCGAGUAUUGUUAACACACCUUUAACUGAUCGAUGUUUUCGUACUAUAUUACAGGCUUAUCGUUAUCAUUUGUACAGUGACAUCGUAGGUCCCACGAGUAGCGGUAAAACAGAGACAAUCAGAUGCUUAACGAGAGCUCUCGCAAAGCUAUUUUACAUUGUCAAUUGCAACAGCAGCAUCUCCUACGAUUGCACGACACGGAUAUUCAAGGGAGUAGUUUCCUGCGGAGCGUGGGUUUGCUUUGAAAGUUUUAACCGAUUAAAACUAGAAUUACUAUCAGCCAUCGCUCAGAAUCUUACGCAAAUCAAACAGGCUGUAUCAUCCAACUUUAGAAAGAUAAAUUUUGAAGGCUGCGAUUUGAAUUUGAACGUCUCCGGACACAUCUGCGUUAAUGUCGAUUCGGCACAAUCCGGGUAUACUGAUCUGCCGGAUAAUUUGAAGGUGCUCUUUCGUUCCGUGUCAAUGACGACACCGGAUAUCGGCAGAAUCGCCGAGAUCGAACUCUUUGCCGGGGGAUUUCUUCACGCAAAGAAGCUAGCAGUAAAGCUAGUUAUCAGCUAUAAAUUAUUGUCCGAACAUCUGGGAGAGAAGUGUCAUUACAACUUCAGCAUGUCAUCGCUGAAGACAGUCGUCGCAACCGCAAUUGAUAUGAAGCAAAAUGUUCCGGACAAAGACGAAUAUACCUUGCUGCUACGUUCGAUGAUAGAUAUAAAUAUCCCGCAACUAUGUACACCCGAUAUACCUGUCUUCCAAAGUAUUCUGCGCAAUGUUUUUCCCGAAUCCGAUGUCCUGCCUCCGUUCGAUUGUUCGGCGAUUUUAAAGGCGUUUGAAAGCGUAUGCGCCAAAAAAAUUCUCAUGUCGCAUUCUAUCUUCAAGUUAAAAGUCAUACAGAUUAUCGAGUUAAUGUACGUUCGUCGCGGUCUCAUACUUAUUAGCGACCCUCUGGGUGGCAAAACGGAAAUUUUACACACACUCGCUGAAACGUUAUCGUUGUUACAGGAUCAAGGAAAUAAGAUUGGCGCCGCUGUGAAACUCGAAACGAUCAUGCCGGAAGUAGUAGACAGCGACAUGCUCUUCGGGUAUUUCUGCGAUAAAUCUGGCGUUUGGAAGGAUGGUCUAUGUACCAGCAUAUUUCGUCGCUUCACGGAAGACACAUCAACGGAUCGGAAAUGGUUGGUAUUCGACGGAACUUUAAGUGGUACAUGGUUAGAAAAUUUGAACACGAUUUUUGAUGAGAGCAAAAUGUUAUAUCUGACAUCUGGAGAGCGUCUUCCCGUGACGGAAUCGAUGUCCGUUAUCUUUGAAACGACGAGUACGAUCGAAAUCUCACCCAGUCUAAUAUCGCGUUGCGGAAUGAUCUAUAUCGACUCGCAUUCUAUUGGCUGGAGGCCACACGUAUUGUCUCAUAUUGCAAAAAAUAACAUUUAUGACGGAUACGAUAAAAUAUUGCUCGCUUUGUUCGAUUGGACGAUAAAUCCGUGUCUCGAUUUUUUAAGGGAGAAUGGCAAUACAUCUAUAAAUCAGGAAUUACACCUUGUUACGUCAGUCUUGAAUUUAUUCGAGAUAUUAUUAAGAGAUGCUUGCGAAGAUGCUGUUGAGGACACUGGAAAAAGCCAUCACUUUGUCAUAUGGGCACAGGCUGCCUUAAUCCAAGCUAUUGCUUGGGGAUUGGGCGGAAAUUUGAUCGAGGAUUCGCAAACACGAUUCAACGCUUUUUGCAUGACACUCUGGAGUAGCACAGAUGCGAAACAUCCGAAACCUGACAUGAUUAAACAUUUAGAUGUAACGUUGCCCAACGAAGGUUUAAUUCAAGACAACUUUUACGUCUUCAAAGGUGUUGGAAAUUGGAAAUACUGGGGAGACUUGCUAAAAAACGAGAAAAUCCCCGAGGUAUGCAAUUUCAAUCAAAUUUACGUUCCAAGCGUUAAUAGUAUUAAGUAUAACUAUAUGUUCUUGAAACACGUUAAGUAUCGGAAACCUUUUCUCUUGUAUGGCGAUAUUGGUGUUGGAAAAAGUAAUAUCAUGUACGAUUUCUUGGACAACAAAUUGCCAGAUAAUUGUUUCGCCAAUUUUUUCUGCUUUACUUCUAUGCUUACAGUGACUAGAGCACAGAAAUUAUUACUCUCGAAGUUAAACAAGAUGCGACGCGCCAUCUAUAAUCCUGGAAGAAAUCAGUUUUGUGUGAACUUUGUGGACGAUGUGAGCAGAGCCGUUACGCAAAGACCAGAAACACGAUCCGUAUUUGAGUUGCUACGUCAACUUCUUAGUCACAAUUAUUGUUACGAUACAAAUGAAUUAAGUAAAGUGUUUAUACAAAAUGUUAUGUUUACGCUCGCGAUUACGUCAGGAAAGAUCGAUGAAGACAUAUCUCUGAGAUUCUUGAGACACUUUAAUAUUUACACGAUUCCUACUCCUACAACGGAUAAUAUAUUUAGGAUAUAUUUCCAUCUAUUAUUUGCCAACUUGAAGAAGAAUCUGUUCGCAGCAGACGUCACGGGAAGUGUAACUAAUAUAGUAAACGCAACGAUUGACAUUUACAAGUCCGUGAUGAAAACAUUGCGGCCAGUGCCCAACAAACUGCACUACUGCUUUGAUAUGCGAGAUAUAUCCAGAGUAAUUAAUGGAUGCAGCUUGAUCCAAAAAGAAUCAGUGGAGACGAAGAUAACGUUUAUACGACUGUGGGUGCACGAAAUUUUACGCGUGUUCAGCGAUCGGAUAUUGGACGAGAGCGAUAAGCAAUGGCUGUUCCUAAGGAUCCGCGACGCAGUGAAGAAUAACUUUAAAGACUCGUAUGAGACCGCUUUCGAUUAUUUGCCGAAAUACGAAAAUCAAAUUACCAAAGACAGCUUCGAUGAUCUCAUACUUGGAAAUUUUAUGGAUGCAGAGAAGAGCAGCAAAUGCAAGCGGUACGAGGAGAUCGGUUCGAUGGAAGCUUUGAAGAACAAAGUCAUUGCUUACUUGGACGAAUACAACGCAAACUUCAAAAGAAAAAUGAACAUCGUCGUUUGUCGUUACAUGUUGCAGUCUUUAAUCAAGAUUUCCAGAGUUCUGAGCAUUCCAGGCGGAAACGUAUUAGCGAUAUCUACCGUGAGUUGCGGCAGGAAGUCCACCACUGCGCUCGCAGCCUUCAUGCAGCAGCAGAGUUUAUUCGAAACCACCACUGAAUCAUAUUACGACUUGGACGCAUGGAGGGACGGUUUGAGAAAAGUCCUGCGGGAAUGCGGAGCAUUGCGAAAGGACGUUACAUACUUUAUGAACGAGAGGCAAAUGAAAGACGCGUUCUUAAAUGACAUCAGCUGUUUGUUGAGCACCGGAGAAUUGCCUGAUUUGUUCUCUGCCGAGGAUAGGCAGCGUAUAAUCGAAAUGACGCGACUCCAUGCUCAAGGCGGCGAUCGAAAUGCGGAGAUCAGCGCGCGUUCGGUGAUGAGGUACUUUGUAGAACAAUGCAAGAACCGAUUACAUUUUGUACUUUGCUUUAGUCCCACUAACACUGCUUUCAGAACGUAUUUAUGUUCGUAUCCUAACUUAGCGAAACAUUGCACAGUUAAUUGUUAUCAAAUCUGGCCUAAUCAAGCGCUCUUGGAAAUCGCCGUAAAGCAUAUGAGAUCCGUUAACGUGCAGGAAGACGUUAAAGCUUGCGCGGCGAAAACUUGCGUGCAAUUUCACGAAAGUGCGAGAGAGAUGAGUCUAAGAUAUCACGAGAUGUUUGGUAGAAUCGUUCACGUGACGUCGUCAGCUUUUUUGCAUAUGCUCAAACUUUAUACACGGCUGAUGUCGAGAAAGCAAGAAGAAAUUGUAGCGACACGGAAUAAAUAUAUAGCAGGGUUAGGAAAAUUGGAAUUGGCGGCCGAGCAGGUCGAACAAAUGAAGGCCACUCUGACGAUUUUGAAACCACAACUGGAAUUAUCUGCUCAACAGACGAUGAUUACCAUGAAAGAAGUAGAGAAUGAGAACAUCACCGUAGAACGAGCUACGAUUCUUGUGAAGCAAGAGGAGGAAAUAGCGAAUAAAAAGGCAGAGAUUGCAGGCGCCCUGAAGGCCGAAUGUGAGGCCGAGCUUGCCGUUGCUAUACCAAUCCUGGAGGACGCAGUCAUGGCACUUAACACACUAAAACCGACGGACAUUACGCUGGUGAAGGCGAUGAAGAAUCCUCCAGAUACCAUCAAGCUGGUAAUGGCCGCUGUAUGCGUGAUGCUGGGCGUUCCGCCAGAUCGCACUAUCGAUCCGGUUACCGGCAAAAAGUUCACGGAUUACUGGGGUCCGAGCAAACGUAUUCUGGGCGACAUGAACUUUCUGCAAAACCUGAAGGAUUAUGAUAAGGAUAAUAUAUCGCCCACGGUGAUGCAGGUCAUCAAGAAGACUUACAUGACGGACAGCAGCUUUACGCCUCACAUAGUUGCGAAAGCAUCCAGCGCCGCCGAAGGCCUCUGCAAAUGGGUUCGCGCUAUGGUGUCGUACGACGAGGUGGCCAAAGUAGUCGCACCAAAGAAGAAGAAACUGGUAGAAGCACAAAGGGAGUGCGAUGAGGCCGAAGCAUUCCUGAACGAGAAACGGCAGACGCUGGCCGCUCUGAACGCGAAACUGGCAGCGCUUAAUGAUAGUCUGCGGCAAACGUUGCAGAAGAAAUUGAACUUGGAGACGGAAGUGGCGACUUGCACCGCCAAGUUGAUGAAGGCAGAGAAACUGAUCGCCAGUCUGGGUGGCGAAAAGAAUCGUUGGAUGGAGUACGCUCAUGAUUUACAGAUGAAUUAUGACAGCCUCGUGGGCAACAUGUUACUCUCGUGUGGAAUAAUAGCUUAUAUGGCGUCUUAUAAUACCUUAUUUCGCGACAAAAUGUUGACGAAAUGGAAAGAAUUUAUAGAUAUUUCUGAGAUACCCUACACUAAGUCGUAUGAUUUUGUAAGCGUUCUUGGUGUGGAAAUUGAGAUUAAUCAUUGGCAACUUUGCGGCCUAUCCAAAAAUCGCUUCGCCAUAGAGAACGCUGUCAUCUUGAACAAUUCAGAGCAAUGGUGCCUUUUUAUUGAUUCGCAAAAUCAGAUAAAUCAAUGGAUCAAAAAAAUUGAAAAGAAAAAUGAUUUAGAUGUCAUUAAACUGACGGAUUCCGAUUAUAUGUCAAUAAUCGAACGAAAUAUCGAAACCGGUGUGCCGAUUCUGUUGGAGAAUGUCGGGGAAAGACUCGAAAUCGCGCUGGAACCGAUACUGUUGAAAAAUAUUUACAAGAAUGAAGAAGUUUGCUACAUCGAUAUUGGCACAAAAUCUGUGAGGUAUUCGCAAGACUUUCGAUUUUACAUCACCACAAGACUGUCGAAUCCAAAUUAUACGGCCGAUAUUUUCAGCAAGCUUACCAUAAUCGAUUUUUCGAUGCCAGACGGGACUCUUCGAGAUAAGCUUCUAGACAUCGUCGUCGCGAAAGAGAAACCGGAGCUUCAAGAGAAAUUUGAAACGCUCCGUAUUCAGGAUGCCGUUAACAAGAAAGUUCUUCAGCAACAGGAGGAUAACAUUCUGAGUACUUUAUCGUCGACCACCACGAAUAUCCUAGAGGACGAAAGCGCGAUACAAAUCUUAGAUUCCUCCAAGACACUCACUGUGAAUAUUAUAAAGAGACAGGAGGUAACCAAAUCGAUGACGGAGGAUAUCAACAAAUUUCGAGAUGCGUAUCUACAAUUUGCCGAUCAUUGCGCGGGUUUAUUCUGCACACUGACCUCCCUGUCCAAUUUAAAUCACAUGUAUCGUUUUUCAUUUUCGUGGUUCAUUCAGCUAUAUGUUACCUCGAUCGAGACAUCAAACAGAAGCAUCGUUUUCGAAAAACGACUGCAGUUUCUCAAAUCUUCAUUUACGAGGAAUCUUCAUUCCAGCGUCUGUAGAUCGUUGUUCGAGAAGCAUAAACUCCUGUAUUCAUUUCUGUUGUGCGUGAAAAUUUUGAUGGAUGCUGGACAAACUACGCGAGAGGAAAUCAAAUUCUUCGCCUCUUUAGACGCAGAGGAUUGCGAUGCAGUUCUUGUGGAAUCGGCGCCGGAAUGGUUAUCGGCGGAUAAAUGGAGACAAAUUUGCAAAUUAAACGACAUGGUAUCCGAAUUAGGCGAAUUUGCAAAUGACUUUCGUUCCAACGGCGCGGCCUGGCAGAAAUAUUGCAGUGCGAUACCGUUUCGAAGCGAUCUGAUGCCGAGACCGUGGGCCGAUAAAAUGACACAGUUUCAGAGGUUGAUACUUGUAAAAAUCAUUAGACGCGACAAGAUCAUCGUGGAGAUAAUGCGACUGAUAGAGGACAGCAUGCUGGAGGAUGUGUUUAAUUCGUAUCCUCAUCUUCAGAUUUCGGAAUCAUUCGCAGAAUCAAACUGCCUCACGCCGAUUAUAUUCAUCCUGCCGAGUUAUACUUCGUCCUUAUCGCUCGUUUCCACGUAUGCGAGCACCAGAGGAUAUACCUCGAAAUUCGUUUCCUUGUCGAUGGGCGAUGGACCGUGGCAAAAUACCGCUGAUGUUCUCGUGGAAGAGGCGCGAAAGGAAGGGGGAUGGAUAUUUUUGCAAAACUGUCACCAUGCCGCUUUGUGGAUGCCGCGACUCGAGCGAAUCUGCGAGAAUCUGAAUAGAUCCGGUACAUCCUUGGAUUUUCGACUGUGGCUCUCCAGCUGUUCCAUCCCGGAUUUUCCAAUCAGCGUCCUACAAAACAGCUUGAAGAUCGCAUACGACUAUCCGCUUCGAUUGAAACAGAGUUUGUUGAGAACUUAUCGAUCGGAACCCCUAAAAAAUAAGAAAUUCUUCGAAGGGUGUCCCGGAAGGGACAAGGAGUUCUCCAAACUCCUGUACGGACUUUGCUUCUUUCAUGGAAUUGUCAGAGAAAGAAGACACUUCGGGCCGCAAGGAUGGAACAUCCCGUACGAUUUUGAUCACGCGGAUUUUGAAAUAUCCGUUAGACAACUGCAGGACUUGAUCAACGAAGCCGAGAAUAAUAUACCAUUCAACACGCUACUCUAUCUUAUUGGAGAAUGUAAUUAUGGCGGAAAGAUCAUGGAUAGUCUCGAUCAAAGAUGUCUAGGAUAUCUGUUGGAUUCCUUCUGUAAUAUUUGCGUUAUCAGUGAUAACGAAUAUUCAUUCUUUAAUUGUACAGAAUAUUCGGUACCUCAAAGAUGCGAGUAUCACGAUAUCAUUAAAUACAUCAACGAUAUGGAAUUGGAUGCAUCACCGGAAGCUUUCGCCUCCGACGAAAAUGCUCUUAUUGUAAAAGACACUGCAAUUGCCAGAGAAUUCUUAGAAUCUAUAUCUUAUCUAGAUCAAAUCGAAUCAUCGAACGAGAUUGUAGCACAGGAUCAAGUAUUACGAGCAAUUGACGAAAUCAACAACAAAUUGCCUGCUUUAUUUAAUGUCAAUGAGAUACGCGAUAGAUAUCCUCUUAUCUCGCGUGGACCGUUAAACGCGAUUCUCAUCCACGAAGUCGAAUUAAUCAACAAAGUUUUAGCUGUGAUUGCGGACUCCCUGAAUAAUUUGAAACUGGCGUUAAACGGCGAGAUUAUCUUAACCGAUUCUUUGGAGGAUUUGUCCACGGAAAUGUACAAUAAUAAAAUUCCACGCGUUUGGAAGCUGAUCGGUGUCGGUAUCGUAACUAAAUACUUGCCAAAUUAUAUUGAGCUGCUUCUGAAACGUGUAAGCUUCGUGCAAAAUUGGUGCGACACCGAUCUGCCUCGUAUUAUCUAUUUUGAUGCUUUAUCUUGCUGUAAAAGAUUUUUAUCCGCGAUUCUCCUCACAUUCUCACGACGUCGCGAUGUAUCCAUUGAACAGAUUACGUCAGAUCUUCGAGUAACGAAUAAUGAUUCUACGGAUGAUGACGCAGAUACAUAUUACAUUCAUGGUUUACGUCUAUCUGGCGCUCGAUGGGAUACACAGAGGCGGAUAUUAAUCGAAAGCUUGACAAAUAUAUUCUGGUACGACAUGCCACCGAUACGUCUUACGUUUAGCGUAAAGGAAAAAGUUGUCAAUAAUAUUUACGAGUGUCCUGUAUAUAUCUCACCGAUGCAUUGCAACCAAAUAGAUAUGAACAAAAUGAGGAAUUAUAUUACAAGUGUAUCUUUGGAAACUGACAAGUCACACAUUCAUUGGGUGAAACGUGGCACAGCAUUAUUCUGUCAAGUUGAUGAAUAAUUUCUAAUAAGA